GUGCAUUCGUCCGGAAAGUCGUUCCAGUUGAGUCCUCAUCCACGCCACCCCUCUGUGAGCUUGCGUAAUUCUACCACCGAUCAUGGCCGUUCUCAAUGUCGUAGAAGCUUCAAUUGAAGAUUUACAGAAUGCCUUGACCAGCGGUUCUAUUACGAGCGUCGAGCUUGUAGCACGUUUUCUCCGCCGUAUCAGCACUUAUGACUGCCGCGGCCUUGCCCUAAACUCGAUUCCCAUCCUCAAUAAUGCCCUUUUCGAACAAGCUGCUAAGUCUGAUGAUCGAAGGGCAUCUGGCGAGAAAAUCAGGCCCCUAGAAGGAAUACCUUAUACGGUCAAGGACAGCUAUAAAGUUAGGGGCAUGGUAGCCGCCGCGGGAUCUCCUGCUUUUGAACAUCUCAUUUCCAACGAAGACGCCUUUCUUGUCAAAAUCAUUCAGGAUGCUGGUGGAGUACUCAUUGGGCGGACAAAUAUGCCUGCGAUGGCCUGCGGCGGUAUGCAGAGGGGCAUUUGGGGAAGGGCCGAGAACCCUUACAACCCAGACUAUUUGGCCGCAGCAUUUGCUUCGGGUUCUUCCAACGGGUCAGCCGUUUCUACAGCAGCAUCGUUCGCAGCUUUCGGGCUUGGGGGUGAAACUGUGUCAUCUGGGAGAUCGCCAGCAUCCAAUAAUGCGAUCAUCGCUUACACUCCCUCGAGGACCUUUCUAUCCAAUCGCGGCAGUUGGCCGUUGUAUCCAACAUGCGACGUACCAGUACCUCAUACCAGAAGCAUGAAGGAUAUGCUGACUCUCCUGGAUGUCAUCACGGCCCCAGAUCCAGUUGCCCAAGGUGAUCUCUGGCGAGAGCAGAGCAGCGUUCAACUGCCACAGCCUUGGAGGGACAGGCCGGCGAGCUUUCAAGACUUUACCUCAUCUGAUUCAUUGUCUGGGCUGCGUAUUGCCGUGCCAGAGAUCUUCCUCGGUGGACCGGUGCCUGAAGGCGCGAAGCCUGUCCAUACGAGCCAGGCAGUCAUUCGGUUGUGGGAAAAGGCAAGAAAGAAUCUUGAGUUGCUUGGCGCGGAAAUUGUGAUGGUUACCGACUUUCCGCCUUUGACAGCUUACGAAAACGGGAAUCUUUUGCCGGAGGGCUGUCCCAAAAAGCCUGCGGACUGGCAUGCUACUGAGAGAGGAGCAUUGGUAGCACAUGCUUGGAACAACUUCCUCCGAGGGUUCAACGAUUCACAGUUUCCAGAUAUCUCUGCAGUCGACACAUCAAACAUCUACCCAGACAGCAUGAGGACGGAGCCUGAACUACAACGCAAUUCAGUACCACCGGCUAGCCGAAUACGCCAGCAAAGGGACUAUUCUUGAUAUAGAAGGUCUGGAUCAAGCACUCAAGGCGCUAGAGGCUAUGCGGAAGAUUCUUCUUGAGGACUGGCUCAGUAAAUUCAACUGUGAUUGCGUUGUCUUUCCCGCCGCCGGCGAUGUCGGACC